AUGAUUGUUCCGCUGCUGAUCGCCGGCAAGGAGGAAACUGGACCUGCCACGUUUGACGUUGUCAGUCCGUACACUGGCGAGACUUGCUGGACAGCCACGGAUGCCACAACGGAGGAUGCUGUGAGGGCGGCCGACGCUGCCGCGGCCGCCUUUCCCGCCUGGUCGCAGACGAAGCCGAUCGGGAGACGAGAUAUCCUGCUCAAGGCGGCUGACAUUUUGGAAAGCCGCCUUGAGGAAAACGCCUCGCAUAUGCGUACAGAAAUGGGGGUAGAUGUGGGAUCCUCGCAGUUUUUUGUCGUGCCGCUGAGCAUUCGCAUGCUUCGCGAUCUAGCCGGGCGCAUUACCUCCAUCUGUGGCAGCGUACCGGUAGUCGAACAGGAGGGCCAGAGCGCCGUGAUUUACAAGGAGCCUAUUGGCGUCGUCCUUGGAAUUGUUCCCUGGAAUGCGCCCUACGUCUUUGGCAUCCGGCCGCUACCUGACGCAGGGCUUCCUGCGGAAUGCUUGAACAUUGUGUCCUGCUCGGUGAAAGCGGCCCCGGCGGUGGUCAAUGCCAUGAUUGAGCAUCCCGCCGUCCGCAAGAUCAACUUUACGGGCAGUACUGCCGUCGGUCGUAAGGUCGCCGAGGUGUGCGGUCGGAGUCUUAAGCCCUGCCUGAUGGAACUGGGCGGGAAGAACAGCGCCAUCGUCUGCGCAGAUGCAGACUUGGAGCUGGCGGCAAGCAGCGUUGUGGCAGGAUCUUUUUUGAAUUCUGGACAAAUCUGCAUGUCCACAGACAGAAUCAUGGUACACGAUACUGUUGCAGAGAAGUUCAAGCAGGCACUCCAAAAAGCUGCAGCACAAUCAAGUAAAGGCGAUUCUUCCGAAAGACCGGCAAUUGUCUCUACAGCAUCAAAGGCUCGUGCUCAGAGCACUAUCGCUAGUGCACUCGCGUCCGGCGCGCGGGUUCUCGUUGGGUCAGGCGCAGACGAAGGCAAGGACGCGGGCGUUCGCAUCACGCCCACUAUCCUCGACAAUGUGGAUCAGCAUACGGACUCCGACAACGCGGCAGUCGCUUUGGCGAACCAAGGAGGGUAUGGGCUGUCGGCUGCGAUUUUUACCGAAGACCUGCGAAAGGGCUUUGCGCUGGCAAAGCAGAUCGAAUCCGGCGCCGUACACAUCAACAGCAUGACAGUACAUGAUGAGCCGGUCCUCCCGCAUGGCGGUGUCAAGAACAGCGGCUGGGGCAGAUUCAAUACUAGUAUGGGUCUGGACGAGUUUCUUGUAACCAAAACCGUGACUUGGAAAGAUUGA